GUAUCUGGACUUCAUCCACGUCAUGACCUAUGACCUCCAUGGCUCGUGGGAGGUCUACACUGGAGAGAACAGCCCCCUGUACAAAAACCCCAGUGACACCGGUGGCAAUCCCUACCUCAAUGUGGAUUAUGCUAUGAACUAUUGGAAAAACAAUGGCACCCAAACUGAGAAGCUCAUCGUUGGAUUCCCAACUUACGGACACACCUUCACCUUGAGCAAUCCUUCUCAACACGGCAUUGGUGCUCCUGCCUCUGGCCCUGGUGCUGCUGGGACCUACACCAGGGAGGCUGGCUUCUUGGCUUACUAUGAGAUCUGCCUCUUCCUGAAGGAUGGUGCUAUUGAGGUGUGGGAUGAUUAUGGGAAAGUUCCCUAUGCUUACAAAGGCAAUGUGUGGGUUGGUUAUGACAACCCCAAGAGCUUCCAAAUUAAGGCUGACUGGCUGAAGAAAAAUAACUUUGGAGGCGCCAUGGUCUGGGCCAUUGAUCUGGAUGACUUCACUGGGACUUUCUGUAACCAGGGAAAAUACCCCCUGAUCAGCACCUUGAAGAAAGCCCUGGGUCUGGACAGCGCAAAUGAAAAAGAAAUUGAGGCCCAAGGAGAAAGAACACUGGCUCUGCAGUCAACAGUCCU